UGCUGCCUCACUCAACGCGGAUACACGCCGGUGACCGGUCGUCGUUUUGCCUUCGUUCGUUUCCCCCACGCUGGAAACUUCUUCCAUUUUCUCCCCACCCCCAAAUAAAGCGCCAACGAGCCGGCCAGCCACAACGGCACCAUCUCUCUCUCUCUCUCUCUCUGUUCGUUCCGCCAGCCUUUCCCUUCGCUGUUUCUAAUUUUUCUUUUUUCCUAAAAAAAUAAUACAUAGCUAGCUACUUACUCAUCAUAUAAUCUCUCUCUAAUCUUCCGCUUUUUGGACGCGAUUUAUAAUUGAAUUUGAAUCGGAUUCUUGAUUCUUCCUCCUGUCUCCCUCCCACUCUCUCUCUCUCUCUCCAUCUCCCUCGUCGGAACUCCUUACUCGUAGCUUCCGAGAGGGCUGGGAGGUAGUUUGGGUGUAGGGGUUUUUCUCCCAAAACUAUGGCUCCUAAUGAUCCCAAGCAAAGCAGUGGCGGAUUCUUCUCCUCCAUAGCUUCCGGCCUAUCCAACAUCGGCAGCGCCAUGUCCAGAUCAGUCGGUUUAGUGAGUUACGAAGGGCUCGAAGUUAUUAACCCGGAAGGAGGAACUGAAGAUGCCGAGGAGGAAGCAAAGAGAGGGAGAUGGCAACAGGAGGAAAGGGAUAGCUUUUGGAGGAUGAUGCAGAAAUAUGUAGGCUCUGAUAUCACAUCAAUGGUCACUCUUCCUGUAAUGAUCUUUGAGCCAAUGACAAUGGUUCAGAAGAUGGCGGAGUUGAUGGAGUACUCCCACCUGUUAGAUCUCGCAGAUGAAUGUGAUGAUCCCCACAUGCGUUUGGUAUAUGCUGCAUCAUUCUUCAUAUCUGUUUACUAUGCCUUUCAACGCACGUGGAAGCCGUUUAAUCCAAUUCUGGGAGAGACUUAUGAACUUACAAAUCAUGGUGGCAUUACAUUCAUAUCAGAACAGGUCAGCCAUCAUCCUCCAAUCAGUGCCGGGCAUGCUGAAAAUGAGCAUUUCACUUAUGAUAUAACUUCCAAGGUGAAGACUAAAUUUUUGGGGAACUCAAUCGAGAUCUAUCCUCUUGGAAGGUCACGUGUGACCCUUAAGAGGGAUGGUGUGGUCCUUGAUUUGGUGCCUCCCCUGACAAAAGUUAGCAACUUAAUCUUUGGACGAACAUGGAUUGAUUCGCCAGGGGAGAUGGUGCUGACUAACAUUACUACUGGGGACAAAGUGGUGCUAUACUUUCAGCCUUGUGGUUGGUUUGGAACUGGCCGUUAUGAAGUGGAUGGCUAUGUGUACAAUGCCGAUGAGGAACCCAAGAUAUUGAUGACUGGGAAAUGGAAUGAAGCCAUGAGUUAUCAACCCUGUGACCUUGAAGGAGAACCUCGUGCUGGUACUGAGCUACAGGAGGUGUGGAGAGUUGCAGAGGCGCCCAAAAAUGACAAGCAUCAGUACACAUAUUUUGCACACAAGAUGAACAGCUUUGACACUGCUCCCAAAAAGUUAUUGCCCUCUGAUUCCCGUCUACGCCCCGACAGAUAUGCUCUAGAAAAGGGCGAUCUAUCAAAAUCCGGUGCAGAGAAAAGCAGCCUGGAGGAGAGACAGAGAGCAGAGAAGAAACUGAGAGAGGCUAAAGGAGAACAAUUCACUCCCAAAUGGUUUGAUCAAACCAAUGAAGUCCACCCGACUCCUUGGGGGGAGUUGGAACUAUACCAGUACAAUGGCAAGUAUACUGAACACCGGGCUGCAAUCGACGCCUCCUCAGAUACCGUCGAAGAAGUAGCCGACAUCGAAUCCUUGGAAUUCAACCCAUGGCAGUACCCUAAUGAGAGCCCUUAGGAAGUGUAAGUUCAUCGACAGUGUAACAUAUAGUUGUCCUUCUCCAAGUGUUUGAUUUUUACUGAAAGUUAUUGUGUGUGAUUUGAGAGUACUGUUACAGAAUUAUGUUGGGUUAUCAUAGGUUAAAGCUUUCGUUUGUCCAUCUCGGUUUCGUAGGUGUUCCCCCUUGUUGUGAAGUAAUCUUAUGGCUUUCGUGUAAGUACUUGGUAAAGUUGCCUCGAUCUUUAGUUUGAAAUACAAGUUUCUGGAGCACAUAUUUUUUUUUUUUUUUUUGCAUUUCUACUUUUAGAGUUUAAAAUGAAUCAGACAUUUCACAUAUUUAACAUUUUGGUCAAUCUUUCGUUCUAUAAUUUUAUGGU